CAGCCCCCCCUCCACCGCUCCAUCAUGCAGCAUCCGAUCUCGUGGACGCCGCGUGCCCAGCGGUCACCAGAGCGCUCAAAGCUGGUCACCGUCUACGUGCUGGUGCUCUUGGUGUCGCUGAGCUUUGCCUCCGGACAGAGCAGGCCGUUCAAACACCAGAUAGACAACAGGAGUCCUGAGAUCGACCCCUUCUGGUACGUGGUCCGCGGCGUUCGCCCCAUCGGUCGCUUUGGGAAGAGGCAGCCGAGAAGCAGCCGUGGCAGCCCGAGGCCCGUGCGCAGACACCUGGAUUUCACCUUGAACGCUUUGUGGGAGCAGAAAGUGUUGGGCACGGGAGACGACGACUGGUGA